UAGAACCGUCACUGUGUUUAGGAAUAUGUAUAACCAAUCAUGUGUUUAGGAAUAGGGGCUGUCAAUAGUGGGCUUAGCGCACAGGGUAGGUUAAAGUUCACAGCGCGCAUACGGAGAGUUGAUGUUUGUUGCAGUCUAAAAUCUAUCCAUUCCAGAGCAGGAUACAUCGCUGGCCCAGUUCAAUAAAUUCUUUCGCUGUGGAUUCUGGGAGUUGAAGACACUGUCCAAGCUUGUUGUAGCCUUCCGAGUGUUGACAGAAGACACACUGCUGUUCCCCUUUUCUAACCUCACACGGGUAACGACACCAUGUCCAGCCGAGGAGGGAAAAAGAAGGCCACCAAGAUGUCCAGGUCGACGAAGGCCGGAGUCAUCUUCCCCGUGGGGCGAAUGCUGCGCUACAUCAAGAAGGGUCUGCCCAAGUACAGGGUCGGUGUGGGUGCCCCAGUCUACAUGGCCGCUGUUCUGGAGUACCUCACUGCUGAAAUCCUGGAGCUGGCGGGCAACGCAGCCAGGGACAAUAAGAAAGGACGUGUCACACCACGACACAUCCUUCUAGCCAUCGCCAACGACGAGGAGCUCAACCAGCUGCUGAAAGGUGUGACUAUUGCAGCCGGAGGAGUCUUACCUAACAUCCACCCUGAGCUGCUAGCUAAGAAGAGGGGGUCAAAGGGCAAGCUGGAGGCUGUCAUCACGCCUCCUCCCGCCAUCAAGAAAUCCAAGAUGUCUGCCUCCAAGAAAUCAGCCAAAAAGGCAGCUGCAGGGAAAAGAGCCAAAGCUAAGCAGAAACAGGGAGAGGUGAGCAAAGCUGCCUCGGCAGACAGCACCACGGACGGAACACCUACGGACGGAUUCACUGUCCUCUCCACCAAGAGUCUUUUCCUGGGUCAGAAGCUAAACCUGGUUCACAGUGAGGUCAGUAACUUGGCUGGCUUUGACGUGGAGGGGGUCAUCAACCCCACCAAUGCAGACAUUGACCUUAAAGAUGAUCUAGGUGGUGCCCUGGAGAAGAAGGGAGGGGAGGAGUUUGUGGAUGCCAUGUUGGAGUUACGGAAGAAGAACGGUCCCCUGGAAGUGGCUGGAGCGGUGCUGUCCUCUGGCUAUGGGCUUCCUGCCAAGUUCGUGAUCCACUGCAACAGUCCAGGCUGGGGAUCAGAGAAGUGUGAGGAGCUGCUGGACCAGACCGUGAAGAACUGCCUGGUCCUGGCUGACGAGAAGAAGCUCAAGUCUGUGGCCUUCCCUUCCAUUGGCAGUGGAAGGAAUGGCUUCCCGAAGCAGACGGCUGCCCAGCUCAUUCUAAAAGCCAUCUCCAGCUACUUUGUGGCCACCAUGUCUUCUUCCAUCAAGACGGUCUACUUCGUGCUGUUCGACAGCGAGAGCAUAGGGAUCUAUGUGCAGGAGAUGGCCAAGCUUGACUCAAACUAAGCCCCCCACCCAAUUGCAUUACUACAGGCUUGUUUAGAAUUUUAUUUAGAGAGAAAAAUGAAAGAUGUUUACCGGUGAUUUUUGUAAAAAGAAGAAAAAACACACAAUAAAAAAAAAACACUUUUUUGAGAGGAAGUGAUUUACGUUCUGUUUUAUUUGUUGAGAUGAAUCGUUUGAGUUCCAAUGGUAAUGUGUCCCUGGUGGUGUCAGUCUUGGGUCCCGCUCAGAAGGGUGAAACGUUCUGACUGUUGUCUUCUCUCUGAUUCCCUAAUUGUACGUGACACAGUCUCUGUUCUGUUGUGUUUCCGCUGAGCAAGGCCCUGGUCCAAUGUUUCCGUAAUGUUGCACCGCGCUGAGCAAGGCCCUGGUCCAAUGUUUCUGUAAUGUUGCACCGCGCUGAGCAAGGCCCUGGUCCAAUGUUUCCGUAAUGUUGCACCGCGCUGAGCAAGGCCCUGGUCCAUUGUUUCUGUAAUGUUGCACCCCGCUGAGCAAGGCCCUGGUCCAAUGUUUCCGUAAUGUUGCACCGCGCUGAGUAAGGCCCUGGUCCAUUGUUUCUGUAAUGUUGCACCGCGCUGAGCAAGGCCCUGGUCCAUUGUUUCUGUAAUGUUGCACCGCGCUGAGCAAGGCCCUGGUCCAAUGUUUCUGUAAUGUUGCACCGCGCUGAGCAAGGCCCUGGUCCAAUGUUUCUGUAAUGUUGCACCGCGCUGAGCAAGGCCCUGGUCCAAUGUUUCCAUAAUGUUGCACCGCGCUGAGCAAGGCCCUGGUCCAAUGUUUCCGUAAUGUUGCACCGCGCUGAGCAAGGCCCUGGUCCAAUGUUUCCGUAAUGUUGCACCGCGCUGAGAAAGGCCCUGGUCCAAUGUUUCCGUAAUGUUGCACCGCGCUGAGCAAGGCCCUGGUCCAAUGUUUCCGUAAUGUUGCACCGCGCUGAGCAAGGCCCUGGUCCAAUCAGGAUGGUGGUACUUAAGUUCCUUGUGCUAAAACUGAAGGGUUGCAUUCCAAGUGUUGCAGUACUGUGUUUUUUUUUUAGAGAUUUGUCUCAAUUUGUCUUUUUUUUUGUUUGUUUGUAACAUAACCUUUUUAUGUUUACAAUUUAUUAUCAGUGAUGUACUAGAUGGAGUGAAAUGUUUUAGUGAAAUAUUAGACUUUUUUUUUUCUUAAAAAAUAAAAAACAGCUUUUGUUUUUA